AUGGUUACCAUAUCUGACCUAAAAUGCGAUGGUGUUGGAGCCCCUAUACAGGUUAGAAUCCUUCACAAAUGGAAACAUGAUGUUUGUCGGUAUGAAACCUGGUACCUAGCUGUUGACAGAUUUGGUGCUAUCAAAGAUCAGAGAUUGUACAAAACAAGAUGGCCAGUCCUUAUCCUUCUUAUUCUUAUGGAUGACAGCGGUAACGAAAUCGCAAUCAACCUAUGGAAAGAAUGCAUUACCGUUCCAACAAAAUUCGAUCGCAGCCUACUUAUUCCACUCCCCGCUAUCACAGUGGUAGUUGUCACAAAUCUUAAACCCUCCGUUUCGGCCGGAAUGCUACGUCAUGGAUCAUCACAUGCGACUCAUAUAUAUGUGAAUCCACAAAUCCAAGAAACUACAUCCCUUAUAAACCUUUUUAGUGGUCCUAUGCGUCCACAGUCAGCACCUUCGGGAAUACCAACAACCUUGAAAGACAUCAAAUUGAAAAUGCGGUCGGAACUACUGAUAACAUGUCCGACAUGCAGAGAUCCAAUAUUUAAAAGAGGUCCACAUUGGUUUUGCAGUGCACACGCAACCAUUGAAAAAUCAUCACUAACGAAAGAAAUAAUGGAGAAAGUGAGCUGUCGUCCCAAGUAUGCAAACUAUCUUCAGAUGAAAGCCGUUCUCGCCACCAGCAUACACGACGGAGCAAAAGCAAUCCAAACCAUCUACAGCUUGAAGAGAGAGACUGAGUCGAUCAUUGAGAAGAUGAAAAUAGAGAUGAAAAAGAUUCCAGAAGACGAUCAGCCAUACAUGGACUAA